ACAAAUAAAGCUCAAUAAAUUAAGGCCAUUAUCAUGCUGUGAUAUUAUUUGCAUUUCUGUUGCAGAUGCUGAAAAUUAAACCAGUCUCAGAAUUUGAGUCUGGCUGCUGGUUUGUACAAGAAAAUCUAACUCUCUAAAUCACUUUCUAUUCUGCAACAUCCAUGGAGCCAUUGACAAUGUCACAUACAGCUAACACCUUAAAAAACCCAGAAUGCAUUGCAGCAUCUAAAGACGAUCACCUUUCCAGUCUGAAGGCUUUGACUGAGAAGCUCAAACUUGAGACCAACAUGUCCUCUCAUCUCGACUGGAGAUUUCAGCUGGAGGCGAUGCUGAGAGAUGCCGAGACGACAGCCAAACAAUCACAGGAACAUAGAAGCUCAGAUCCAAUCAGGAGGUCAAAGUCGUCUCUAAGCACUGGUGUGUCCAAUGAAUUAAAGCAUCAUGGAGGGAAUAUGAUGGGAUUUAAAAGUAUAGAUCAAGCAUUGGAGUGGCUCAGGGAAGAGCUGGCAGAGAUGCGUUCGCAGGACCAGCAGCUGGCAAGUCAGCUAAUGCGCCUGCGUAGUGACAUUAACAAUCUAAGAAUCGAGCAGACGUGCGACCAACAUCGCAAGUUGCUGAACGAUGCCACAUUUGACCUGGAGGAGCAAGAUGAUAUGUCAGGUUUAUGUGAAGUCCCCAUGUCUCCUGGAUUAGGCCUCUCCUCACCACUAAAAGUCAUUGGGGUCACCAAGAUGAACAUUAAUUCUAGACGUUUCUCUCUGUGUUAGAACUAUAUUCAAGUUAAUGAUUUUGAAUGUUUUAUAUAGAUUAAAUAUAUUAGUACAGAUUAAAUCUAUUUUUUUCUGGAUAUUUCAAUAAAGAUUAAAUAAAGAUCACAACCCAUUUUAUUGUAUAAUGAUGCAUCACAUUGCAUUAUAUGUUUCACAUGAGAGAAACAUGAUAUUUAACAAAAAAUAAAUAAAUAAAGCUGGGACUUGAUAUUGA